AUGAUGCGUCCCUUUUCUCUCCUGCUCUUUCUUUCCGCCAGAUCCUUGUCUUCUCAGGCUUGGAUUCACAGUGGUCCCAACACUCGGCUGUCCUGCUUUUCUCGUGUUUCUACCCAAACCAGAACAACCUGCAGUACUACUGUCUUGAGAUUGGCCAGUAGUGAAGAUGACAAUCGAGGUCCCUUGUCUUCCAUUUUUCAACCCUACGACACGAAAAUCCCCCCGGAACUACGAGAUGAAAUCUACGCGGCCGAAGCCAACACUCCUGCCGCACAAGAACGAGGGACCCGCGUCGCCACGUAUGCCUUGAUUGCCUUUAUUGGAAUUGUCUUGGCCUUUUUCAAUGCGUUCAUUACCGAACUCCGCAAUUCACCCAUCCCCCCCGAAGUAGACAUUACCGAUCCUCUCGCAUAUGCGGGAUUUUCAUGGGUUGCCUCCAAUCCCAUUACUGGAUUCUUAUUCAUGAACAAGUUGGGAGGUGGCAUUUGCUUGCUGGGAGGUGCCGGGGCGGGAUUGAUGGCCGAAGCCGAACUCGAUACCAAACGCAUCAAUGCCGAAAAGAUUUUUGAAGAACUGCAACGACGACGCGAGAAAAAGGAAAAACAAAAAGCACCCAAACGGAACAAGAAGAAGCGACGAUCGGGCAAGGAGAAAAAGAGAAUGGAGGCACUCUCGGAAAUCAUUGUUCAAGAUGAUAAAGAAGAAACAGCAACAGCAGCAGUAACCGAAGAGCCAACCGUGGUGGCUGCGGUGGAGGAAAAACCAAAAGAAGAAGAAGGAGAUGGUCUACUGGGAAAAAUCAAAGGGUUCUACGACAAGGCUGAUUCCAUGGCUGCCUCACAAGCCCUUCUGCUCAACAAGGAAAUGGAAGAUCGAGGAAUGAUUGUUAAGAUCACAGACGAAACUGGUCUCAAGGUGAUUGGAAAGGAAGAAGCUGCCAAACUACAGCAAGAGAAAGAGGCUCAAGCCGGAAAGAAAGACUAG